ACUAAAGAAAGAAAUUGUAUUUUCAGAAGAAGUUAUAUUAUAAAGUUAUAUAACUAAAAAAUAAAUAUUACAACACUUCAUAAAAAUGUACACCGACGCGAGCACACAAUACGCUAUAGACGAAAACAUACCAAACAACGAACAAAAUAUCAUCGAUGAGGAAUAUGACAAGAGAAGCUACGAAAACAAACGCAAUGACGCAGUUCUAGUGUUAAAAGAAGAGAAGAGUGAAGAACCUGAAGACAUUCACGAAGCUGUUGAAGAAUGGGCGCGGCGUUCAUCUGGAGUGAGCGACUUUAACGAUGUAGACUGUGGUGAGCCUGCAACGGGACAACACCUGAGAAUCAACUUCGCGUUUACUGAAGAUGAUAACAUAGAGCUGGAGAAUAAGUGUCGCAGUUUUUGGAAGUUUAUCGCUAGCCAUCCACAUUUGGAACAGAUCAAGGUUUUGCCGACAAAUGAUGCUGAGAGCACAUCUGCUGAAGAUGCUGAAAUAAUAACGAAAAUGCAAUCGAAUAAUGCAGUGAAAACUGCAGUGCAGUGGAUGAAACACGACGAUGUAAUGAAAACUGCAAUGAGAACGAAAUUCAGGAAGACCUACUGCGAGCUGGAUAGAGGAGAUUACUGCGAUGGGAGGAAGAAAACCCGCAGAAACUCCAAAAUACAAAUCAAUGGACGUAAAGGUGAUGACGUCAAGGCGUUGAGUGGCAGAUCCAGGGUGCCAUCUGCCGACGAGCUGAAGACGAUCUGCCAAUGUAUGGACGAGUGGGACGCGAUACAUCCGCGCUGUUUGGAUCCGCCUCAACACCAUGUCAUCAAUAGCACAUUUUAACAUCCCAGACCUUCUAAUCAUUUAAUUGAAUAGAGCGAAGAAGGGUUGAUAUCGUAGAAGGGUGUUUAUUUAACAUACACAAUUUAAUGUUCUUUAUAAAUAACGUACAAAAUUAAUUAGGGGUAACCAGUUAUUGUAACGAAGCGGCUGGGUGGGUAUUAACAACGUGUCGAGUCUGAAUAUUUACUCUAUGUUAUUAUGGAACUCUAGUUUUUA